AUGGAAAUAGGGUUUGUCAACGAAAACGAUUACAUAAAAGUUGAAAUCUUAUGCACAAAGCUCAUAAAGCCAUCUUCACCUACUCUCUCUCACAAUCAAUGUUACAAGCUCUCUUUCUUUGAUCAAAUAGCUGAGAGAGAACACAUUCCUAUUGUUCUUUUCUAUCCUUGUAAUAAUUUCAAUAGCCCCACUAUCGAUGAACGACUUGAGGAAUCCCUUUCUAAGCUAUUAACUCAUGUUUAUCCACCAGCAGGAAGGUACGAUAAAGAUGAAUGUUUGAUUCUUUGCCUUGAUCAAGGUGUUUCCUACACUAAGGCCAAGGUCAAUUGUAAGUUGGAUAAUUUCUUAGAGAAAGCACACAAGGAUCUUAGUCUUGCAGCUUUAUUUUGGCCACAUGAAAACAAGAAUGUGGAUCAAAAUAAUUUUAUGGUAUCACCAAUUGUCACCAUUCAAGUAACAAAAUUUGAAUGUGGUGGCCUAGCUUUAUCAUUCAGUGCUUCACACCCUGUAAUUGAUGGUUUCACAUGUUUGAAUUUUCUGUUUGGAUGGGGAAAAGUGUGUAGAUUGGGAACUCCCAUUGAUAAGAUUAAUUUUCUAAGCUUCAAUUUAGGUAAUAUUUUCCCAACCAGAGAUAUAUCAGGUCUUUUCAAGUCAACCCAUGUAGAAAAUAGAGAAGAAAAUAUUGUUGUUAAGAGAUUUGUCGUCCAUGAAGGUGCUCUAUCAAGGCUCAGAAAACAAUGCAUUGAUGAAUCAGGUGGAGCUUUGAAUUUUCAACCUUCAAGGGUUGAAAUUAUCACAGCAAUCCUAUGGAGGGCUUUAAUCCGCAUUUCAGCAGCUAGAAAUGGAUAUUUUAGGUCUUCUCUAAUGGACUUACCAUUGAAUUUGCGCUCUAAAUCAUCUUUGCAGGAUAUUGAUUUUGGUUUGGGAAAACCAUCUUUAGUAUAUUUUGGUUUGAAAGAUAUGGAAAUAUUUUGGUUAUAUGAUACAGAUUGUCACACUGAAGUUGGUGUGCAAUUGGACUUGAAGAAAAGUUGCAUGCAAUUAUUUGAGUGUGACAAUGAUAUCAAAGCUCUCAUGUUUAUACGUGAUGCAAAACUUUGA